GGAAUUUGCACAAGCGGCGCGCCUCGCGACGCGGUUCAGUGUACGUGCGACCGCUCGCGGCCGAGGACGAAUUGCCGCGUCACGCGCACUGCUCUGCUUAUUACGCAGUUAAAACUAUCGCUGACCGCGUGGACUGUCGUGAAACUACUUUUAGUGACUUUUAACUUGUUCUAUGCCCCAAAUAACCACAUAACAAGUGCAUACUCCCCUUAUGGACCCAGUGAUAACUCUUAUCAGUGUGGAAAAGUUACAAAGUGUGUACCGAACUUGGAAGAACAUACGAAUUUAUGAAUUCUUGGGACUUUUGACACUGUUGAUGACCUAGGAGGACAGUUUACCCAUAGUUGGCCGAUUCGAGCCACGUUACAAGGUUAUCGCGUCUCUAGCCCGCCAGUGAUGAAUUGGAAAAUCGGCGCGUAGUCGCUCACGUGGUGUGCGCCCCGCCCCCGCCUCGCCCGCGCUUAUAUUUAGCGAAAAUCGCCUCUCGGGAGCGGCCCGACGGCCGACGCUCUUUGCGCACAUCGCUGUUUAUGAACGUUAGCGAGACGCCACAUGUUAUUGGCUUCGAAUAACAAAACCGAUAAGCAGAAGACAGAUAACCUCUCCGGAUCGCGAUCCGUGUCCGAAACUUCUGGAAAUAGAAAGAAAUCAGAAAAAUAUUAAAAAGAGAGCGCUCUGAGAUGCUAACGGCCGGUAUCGGCACGCGCCGGUGAGCGCUCAUUCCGACACACCUACCAAAAAAUUCCACUACUAAAGUUUUCGAGAAAAAGUGUGCAACAUGUCUCUUCAGGGGAGCGGUGGUUACCAGAGCCCGUGGUCGUCACAGGGUGGGCACUCGGAGUUGGACAACACGAUUGAUUUGGAACCUUUGGGCGAACUAACAGAGGUCGGUUUUGAACCGCAGACGCGCGCGCGAUCCAACACGUGGCCGCUACCAAGGCCAGACAACUACGUCGAAGCGGCUGACGACACUGGCUCCAAGAAGAACUCCAAUCAGAAUCUGAGUGGUGCACCACCACUGCCAGCUGUUGGAACCAAGAAGAAUUCGUCCCGCCGCAAUGCUUGGGGUAACCUCUCAUAUGCUGAUCUCAUUACCCGAGCCAUCACUUCAGCACAGGACAACAGACUCACGUUGUCUCAAAUAUACGAGUGGAUGGUUCAAAAUGUGCCAUAUUUUAAGGAUAAGGGAGAUAGCAACUCGUCAGCUGGAUGGAAGAAUUCAAUCAGACACAAUCUGUCCCUUCACAAUCGGUUCAUGCGGGUACAAAACGAGGGUACGGGGAAAUCAUCAUGGUGGAUGAUCAAUCCUGAUGCGAAGCCGGGCAAGUCCGUCAGACGGCGGGCUGCAUCGAUGGAGACGUCCAAAUUCGAAAAACGAAGAGGCAGAGUAAAGAAGAAGGCUGAAGCAUUACGAAACGGCGCACCAGCAGACGCCACUCCAAGUCCAAGUAGCUCAAUAUCAGAAAGUCAAGAUAUGUUCCCAGACUCACCGAUGCACAGCAGUUUCCAGUUGUCGCCGGACUUCCGUCCGAGGGUGUCUUCGAACGCGUCAUCGUGCGGCCGCCUGUCUCCGAUCCCAUCAAUGAUCCCGACAGAACCUGAUUGGGGUCCAGAUUAUGCUGACUACACUACCAACGAUUACGCUCAAACGGACUUCGGACAAGACGAACUUGCUGGCUCUCUCGCCGAUUCCAUGAAACUGGCAGGAACAGAUCCAUUCCUUAACACGUACGUUCCAACAACCACAUCUUCGUCUUCGGGGGGCAGCUACCGGUAUAGCCCUUAUAGUGGGUGUCCGCGACACCCGCACGGGAGCUGCACGUGCUCCCUGUACACGCACCCCGCGCACCCAGCUCAUCCAACGCGUCCUCACCAACAUGCACUUGACCAUUUCGUCAGGCCGCCGCCUCCUGCGGACCCUGCUGAUAUUAUGCAAACAGAAAACAAUCAGCCGCAAAUGGUGACGACCUCAGACGCAGCCCUUAUGAACGGUGGCAUGAUGGUACAAACAGGAGCGAUGGGGCCCACCACAGUGAUGGGUCAGAUAAUGGGCGCGUUAAACACGGGGCUCUCGGAAGACCUCAACAUUGAGACCCUCGACCACGCUUUCGACUGUAAUGUUGAUGAGGUCAUUAAACACGAGUUAAGUAUGGAAGGCACGCUUGACUUCAACUUCCCGCAGCAGCACAGUGGCAUGGCAGCGGAGGCUGAGAGCCAGUUUGCUGCGCCCGCGCCGCCUGUCCCGACCACGUUGUCGGGAGGCAACGGGGCUCGAACGCCCUACUCCGUCGCCCCCUCCUGGGUCCACUGAAACACGUCACCCGAUAAUUCGGACCUCGGACCAGUUACCUACUUACAUGUUCACAUUGUCCACUGUAAAUACGAUGUGACGCAACUUUUUCCUCUUUUGUUACUUUCGCAUUGUAGUCGAGAUUUUUGUUCAUUUUAUCAUGUUAACUAAUGUUAGAGUUUUAUUUAGUGUUAAGUGGACGGUUACCGAUCGUUGUUGCAGUCAAUUGUGUUAGUGUAGGCUUUAGUGCUAAGCUAGGUGGAAGCUUGUGAUAUAGAUAGGGUAUCGUAAUCCGGAUUGUGGACCCUGGAGGGCGGCGGGCGAUGCACCGCACGUGAAUACAUGUGAAAGAUUCGAAAACACAUCGGCAAUCAGAGAUACCUGCAGUUCCCUGAACCCGACAUGAUCUAAUCACAACAGAUGAAAAUUGGACGUGAAUGCCAGACGGCAAUUUGCCUUUUUAGGCAAUUCAAAAGAAUACAACGAUUCAUCACAAUUACGAACCAAAUUUAAGAAGACCAGUUGAAUCAUGGAGACUGAUAAGUGUUCUAAAACUAUUAUUGGCAAGCAAAAUUGACGAUCAAAGUGACAUUUUUCGUGAUAUAUUAGACAUUGAAUUUUAUUUUUAAGGUAAAUGUGACCUCGCGUAAAUGAUCAAUGUGUAGUUUCAAGAUUAACGGUGUCAGCGACUUUUGUGGUUGAAACGGACUUCGGAGUCGGGUGGUGCAGUGAGGAUGAUGCCUACCCCUGCAUCUACUAUAGGUUUAUUAACUUAAGUACAUACCACAUCUCAGUGUGAGGAGGCACAUCUGACUGAAAAUGAAUUACUUCUGAAUGUAUUUGUACCGAGAGUUUAUUCUAUGUCUGAAAUGAAUCUAUGCUUAAAUAGUCUAUGUCUAUGGUAAUUGAAUUUUAUUGUAAUUAAAUUUGCUACGGAACAAAAUGUAGAAAUAUAAUUUGACCAAAUCAUUUCUGACGAUUAUGUUUAAAUGAAUUGAAAACGUAAAGCUGUAUGGAUUAUUUUGGGAUAGUUAAAAGUCGCCUUUUGUUUAUCUGAAAACUAUUUAUAACACAGAAAAACCUCAAAAUAAUUCAUGCAACCGCUUAUUUGGCCAAGUUGUAAAUUAGUAUGCGGGUCAAUAUUAUUUAUAAUUAUGUAUCUACCUAUUUAGUAAAUGCCGAUUCUCUGAUGACCAUGAUAAAUGACAGGAAGUUAAUUAAGCCAAAUAUGAAAAAUGAAUAUGGUAUCCAUAUUGCCUCCUGUUUUUUAUUAUGACGAUUUAAUUGAUUAAAAUUACGAACUAUUGUCAACAACAAUGCGAUUUAUUGUAUUCAAUAAUGCCAUAAUGUAAAUAGAUUUAUUUUAUAGUUACAUUUACCUACACAUGCGCCAUUAAUUACCAAAUACCGUUAUUGUAAUUGCUCAACAUUACAUAAUUUUAUAUAGACGCCAAAUUCAGAACGGGCUUCAUUUUUCCAAUUUGAUAUAGUUACGACGGGCCCUAAUGCAAUCUGUAUAGUUAAUGGUACGACUGGAUAAGUUUUUGUUGUAUAGAUUGUGUGUAGACAAUAAACUGCUUCAGUAGUAUUAUUGACUAUAAGCGUUUUAUCAUAUUCGAAAGCCAGAGCUUCAAAGUAUUGCUCUCAAGUACAUGUCUGCUAGUUGUCUCAAGAUAGUGUGUAUGUUAUUACGCUCAUUCUACAAUGUUUAUAUCUAAUAAUACACCAGGAGACGUUAGAAUUUGUGUCUUAUAAAUGACGCACAAACAAAAUCUGUUUUAGUCAAAUAUCUAGUCCCAGAUAUUAUUUUUUCAGUAAGCUACUUUUCAGAUAUAUAAGCAGAAUUUUACUCAUAGAUAAGCAUUAUUGCGGGCUAGCCCAUGUGAACUGUAAACGUAGCAAAAAUGAGUUCAUUUUGUAAAUUACCUCAGUGGACUUUUUGUGAUAGAUUUAGCCAAUAAGUGUUCAAUUUAGUACGUGUAUCGUAUAAGUCAAUUCAUAUACUUUUGGCGUCCAUUUAUACAUAUGUGUUUUAAAGACAAGUUUCAGGUUUAGCAUUGUUUUUCGAAAAUAUUAAUUUACGCGUGCAAUUGUUUAAACAUUCACUGCUUGUAUACUUUAUUGCGUAUAUUUGCAGCUGUCAUUGGUGCUAUAGAUAAUAUUAUAUUUCAGCAUUUAGUUUCGUAAUCCAUUGUGUAAAUGACGUACAAAAAAGGUAAAUUUAAUUCAAACACCACAAAAUUAUUUAGUUGCACGUUUAUUGUUAUUAUAUGGUACACAAUUAGAGAAACAAAAUUCAGUAUAUUGACGCGAGUUGUGAACACAUAUAAUUUCUGUAAAUGUUUUUAGAUAGGUAAUGAUUAAAUUUAAUUUUGUGUGACUUAAAGUCAGUCGUGCGGUCAGUGGAUGUUCGACAUCGACCCUACCUAGGUGAUGGGUUUCUGAUAGUAACCAUUUGCCAAAUAUAAAUACGUAAAAUCCAAUAACAAAAUCGAUUAUAUGAAUGUAUGUGUAAUCGAUAUUAAAUCGUUAGUUUGUAUUAUGAGUGUUUAGAUGAGUAAUUGAUUAGUCUCUUCGGAGGUAUCUCAUGAAUUAGUUAAGGUUGUUAGUUAAUAUUAUCUCCUGGUUGUUGAAAUGUAAUAUUACGAUAUACAAUGUGACGAGGCGUAUUUAUGUCAAUCCAUGUGGUCAAUUAAAUAUGGACCGAAUUAAAAGUCUGUUCCAUUAAAGCGUAGCGUUAAUGUGAAUGAGUGAACACAAUGUAGUUUGGUGUUGUGCUUUUAGCCUUGGUUUGCUGAAGAAAUAGCUUCGUGGCUUAGAACUAUGGUAGUUAAUGUGAAAACUAUUAAAAUUUAUUUGAUCAACAUAAUUUACUAAAUUUUAAAUCUGAAUCGAACCUCUUUAAAUUUCGCUCUGAACGUUUCUAUUUACCUUUUUUAAUAUAAAGAAAAAGUUAAAUGGAAAUCUUUAACCUUGUUAGCAAUUUACUUCCAGAUUAAUUAAAACUGUGACUAGAGGCACACAAUACGGGUUAGCUUAUACAAUGCACAAAAUAAGUACAGUAUCGUCCGAUACAAAACUUACGAACUCGUUUAAUGUAAAAUGUAUGGGAUAAUAUUUGAUGGAAGGUGUCGUUACUUGUGUGGUUAGGUGUACGUUGCGAUAGAGUGUAAACAAUUUGAUCUAAGUAGAUUGAAUUGCUAUGUUAUAAUUAUGGAAUGCGUAAACGCAUGUAGGCGCAUACAAUUGCCCUUUUGUUUAUGCCUUUGGGAAUUGUCAUUAGUUCGUAAUAGAUAAUAUAUUUUAAUAUUAGACCAUGGUUAUUGCAUUAGUAAUCAUGUAAGUACCUAUUUAUAGGAGAUGGGCGUACGACCCAUAGAAGAGAUACUUCGGUGUAAAUUAUUUUGUACAAUGUUUAAAAAUUUUCUAUGUUUGCAUCAUUAUUUUUAUGGCGUAACUUUAGUAGGUAUAAUAAUUUUGUUGAUUUUUUUUUCAGUUGCUUACUAUUAUAAUAAUUACUGUAUGACAAAAAUGUGAAACUCUAGAUGAAUUAGAAUGAAAUUACGUGUUUCAAUGUAAAUAUAUAGACAAAACCUGUAUGUAGAAGUACAUAAAUCGUAUUUAUGUAUUAAAUUUGAUAUUGUUUUCAAAAUUUAA